GGUAGUUUCAGUUUCUCUCUCUUCCCUCUCGGCAACUCCAAUGUGACUCCCUCUCUCUGUCAUCGCCAUUGCUUUCUCAGCUCAUUCAGUUAUGUGGUUUCAUUCUUCGUCAUCAAAUCUUUCUGGCCACAGUCUCGGGUUUCUUCGAUCCUGUAAACGAUCCACUCUUUCGAUACUUACACCCUCACGCACUCGAAUUUCAUUUGUUUCUUCUAUUUACCCUCGCCGACUUGGCUUUUACUUUGAUCUCAAGGUUCGAAAAUAUGGGUACCGUUCAAAGCAGAGGGUUGUGCAAGUUACAGCUAUGGCUGAUGAGGAUUUGGGGGGUAUUGCUUCACUUGAUGACUUUGGGAGCAACGAGAGGGCUGUGGAAUACAUGCUUUCAUCCAGUGACGGUGAAGACAGUGAUGGAGAAGGUAUGUUAACUCCUAUAACCGAUGUUGAUUUGCCUACCAAGAGGAAGCAGUUUCGUCCAACUGAUGAUGCUUUAACCGUGACUGCUCACCGCCUUGCAAUGCUUGGGAGAGCACGCAAGAGAAAAAGGAUUAAAUACGGAAUUCUGAACAAUAUUGGACUGAUUACAUUCUUGACAAUGCUUCUUUUACUUGUGGAUUGGUGUGCGUGGCGAAUUGUCAGAUUGCCCUUAGCACCCUUUUAUUUGAUGCGCCCCUUUUCUAUGUCAGCAGUAUUAGCAGCUUGUGCAGGCUAUAUUUGUGUCCCACUACUUCGUAGUUUAAAGCUGCAAUCAAUCAUCAAGAAAAGACCUGCUAGGCAUUCCUCUAAGGAAGGAACCCCCGUCAUGGGUGGAUUGUUUUUCAUUCCAAUUGGUAUAAUCGUUGCAGAGGUGAUAGUUGGUUUUUCUUCAAUUGAAGUUUCUGCAGCAGCAGCUGCAACUCUAGCAUUUGCUGCAAUUGGACUACUUGAUGACUUCUUAAGCCUCAUCAAGGAUCAUCACAAUGGUUUAUCUGCUUGGAUGAGAAUUUUUUUGGAGGUGGCUGUUGGGACGUGGUUCUCAUUUUGGUUAUAUUCCACAGAUAUAUCAUCACCCUACAGCAUGUAUACCUUCUCGUAACUAAUUUGAUCAACAUUUGUCUGAUGAUCCAACUAUGAUGGGGUUUUUUAGAGUGCAAGAUUUCAGGUAUUCAUACCUUGGACGAGUUAUUCACCAAAUCAAUGCUUUGGGCAACUUCAUUCCCAAACCAGUUAGUUCCAAACCUGGUCACUUUCAGAAAACGUCAUUCCAAAUGACAUCUCUAAGUUAAAAACGUUAUUCCAAAUGAUGUUUGUAAGAGAAAAUGAAUUUGUUUUAGGUUUAAGGGAAGUUGUGUAUACUUCGAUGAAGUCUGUAUUCGUAAUGACUUCUUUAGUUAAAAACGUCAGUCCAAAUGACGUUAAAGACUCCUUUUAUUACUUACACAGUAGACGUUUUAACCACAACAACUUCAACAUAAUGGCAUCAUUUAGAAUGAUGCUUUUAAAAACGUCAUUCUAAAUGACGGUUUUCACAAAUAACAUAAGCAUCUCCCACACUUCAAAUGUCCCAAAUUAGAAGCAGUAAUGUUAUGCUUACCAAGUUUUUUACCAAGUUUUCCAUCCUGAUGUGACACAAUCUCCAUCAUUGAAUAUUAAUGGGACUUACUUAUUUGAUGGUGAAAACUGUGCCACAUCACUUGGAAAGGAAACUUGUUAAGAAAUUUUGGUCAACAUAGUAUUGUUGAAUUAGAAGACCUAAGCUCUCUCACUCUCCUCUGCUUCUUUAUUCUCCGACGACAAUACUUCCAAGACUAACUCUACAACGAUGACUUCCAGAGUAACUCUGAUGACGACGAGGAGUACAACUCUGAGGCCUAACUUCGAUGAUGACCCUUGUGCCCGAUUAUCUCUUUCUCUCUCUCACCACUGAUCUCCGCCUCCCUUUUCCCCAAAUCACCAUCACCUUCCCCAUUUCCUCCACCUCCAUCUCAUAGUCGGCCACACUAUCCAUAAUCCCACCCAAACGAAACCCCAAAUCAUCACCACCCUCCCCAUUUCCCCCACCUCCACCUGGCCACCCCUUCCACAAUCCCACCUAAACAAAUCACCACCCCUUUCCUCGUAGCUUGGGUCACGCCUAUAGUUAUAUUAUAGGAAGCACGGAUACACAUCGAGGGGUCGCCGUGGCAGUGUCGGACACAUGUCCGACACUUGUAGAAGUGUUCUAAAUAGUGGCUUUGAUUUUUUUGGUCGGAUACGGCUCGAAUACGUGGGGGACACGGGAGGGAUACAGUGAGGUACUUUUGUUAUUUUAAAAACUUAGGGGGCCAAAACGGAA